AGUGUCACCAGCCUCUUGCCUCUCUGAGAAAGUCCCACUGCAAGAGGCGCCAGAGGCAUUAUCAUUUCCCUCUUUCACUGUUUAAGUUGCCAGCAAAUCCCAGGGGUUCUCUGAGAUUGGAGCCUGGGUCCACAGGUCCCUCCAGCCACUGGAGAGAUGAAGAAUUCCUGCAUCAUCAUAAUGAGGCUGCUGCUGUCUGGGCCCUUUCUCUGUGCCCCAGCCUGGAGCUACAACUUGGACGUGUGGCAUGCGCAGAACUUUUCCUUCCAAGAUGCUGGGAGGCACUUUGGGUACCGCGUCCUGCAGGUUGGGAAAAGGGUUGUCGUCGGAGCUCCAGGUGAGGGGAGCAGUAUGGGAAACCUCUAUGAGUGCCAACCGGAGACUAGACAAUGCCUGCCAGUCAACCUGAUGGGUUCCAACUAUACCUCCAAGUACUUGGGAAUGACUUUGGCAACGGACCCCACAGGUGGAAGCCUUUUGGCCUGUGACCCUGGGUUUUCACGGACAUGUGACCAGAAUAUCUAUCUAAGUGGCCUGUGUUACCUCUUCCACCAGAAUCUAGGGGAUCCUGUGCUGCAAGGGCGUCCCGGCUAUCAGGAAUGUAUAAAGGGCAACGUAGACCUGGUGUUUCUGUUUGAUGGCUCGAUGAGCUUGCAGAAAGAUGAAUUUCAGAAAAUUCUGGACUUCAUGAAGGAUGUGAUGAAGAAACUCAGCAACUCUUCCUACCAGUUUGCUGCUGUUCAGUUUUCCACGACCUACAAAACGGAAUUUAAUUUCUUGGAUUACGUUCAACUAAAGGAUCCUGAUGUCCUGCUAGCCAAUGUAACACAUAUGCUCCUGUUGACCAACACCUUUGGUGCCAUCGACUAUGUCGCGACAGAAGUGUUCCGGCAAGAGCUGGGAGCCCGGCCAGAUGCCACCAAAGUGCUCAUCAUCAUCACAGACGGGGAAGCCACUGACAGUGGCAACAUUGACUCGGCCAAAGAUAUCAUCCGCUACAUCAUUGGGAUUGGGAAGCAUUUUAAGACCAAAGAAAGUCAGGAGACCCUCCACAAAUUUGCCUCAGAACCUGCAAAGGAGUUUGUAAAGAUUCUGGACACGUUUGAGAAGCUUAAAGAUCUAUUCACUGAGCUGCAAAAGAAGAUCUAUGUCAUUGAGGGCACCAGCAAACAGGACCUGACGUCCUUCAACAUGGAGCUGUCCUCCAGUGGGAUCAGCGCUGCCCUCAGUGGGGGCCAUGGAGUUGUAGGGGCAGUUGGAGCCAAGGACUGGGCUGGGGGCUUUCUAGACCUGAUGGCAGACCUGCGGGGUGAUGUAUUUGUUGGGAAUGAACCUCUGACACAGGAAGCGAGAGCAGGCUACUUGGGUUACACGGUGACCUGGCUGCCCUCCCAGGGGCGCAUGUCGCUGCUGGCUGCUGGAGCCCCCCGGUACCAGCAUGUGGGGCGGGUGCUGCUGUUCCAAGAGCCAAAGGGCACAGGACCCUGGAGCCAAGUCCAGAAGAUAGACGGUGUCCAGAUUGGCUCCUAUUUUGGUGGGGAGCUGUGUGGCAUUGACAUGGACCAGGAUGGGGAGACAGAGCUGCUACUGAUUGGAGCCCCCCUGUUCUAUGGAGAGCAGAGAGGAGGCCGGGUGUUUGUCUACCAGAGAAAACAGCUGAGGUUUGAAGUGGUCUCAGAGCUGCAGGGGGAUCCUGGCUAUCCCCUUGGGCGGUUUGGAGCAGCCAUCACUGCCCUGGCAGACCUCAACGGGGAUAGGCUGACAGACGUGGCCGUGGGAGCCCCACUGGAGGAGCAAGGGGCUGUGUACAUCUUCAGUGGGCAGCAUGGUGGGCUCAGCCCCCGGCCAAGCCAGCGGAUAGAGGGGACCCAGGUGUUCUCAGGAAUCCGGUGGUUUGGACGCUCCAUCCAUGGGGUGAAGGACCUUGGAGGAGACGGCCUGGCCGAUGUGGCUGUGGGGGCUGAAGGUCAGGUGAUCGUGCUGAGCUCCCGGCCUGUGGUGGACAUCAUCACACUGAUGACCUUCUCCCCAGCCGAGAUCCCCGUGCACGAAGUGGAGUGCUCCCAUUCAACCAGUAACAGAAAGAAGGAGGGAGUUAACGUCACAGUCUGUUUCCAGGUCGAGCCUCUCCUCCCCCAGUUCCGAGGGAGCCUGGUUGCCAAUCUCACAUACACUCUGCAGCUGGAUGGCCAUCGCACCCGCAGCCGGGGGGUGUUCCCAGGAGGGGGCCAUGGAAGUCAGCAAGGAACACAGCUGUCACCCCCAGUCAGGUCCUGCACAGAACUGUGGUUUCACUUCCCGGUGUGCAUUCAAGACCUCAUCUCUCCCAUCAAUGUCUCCCUGAAUUUCUCUCUUUGGGAGGAAGACGGGACAUCGAGGGACCAGAGUGUGGGCAAAGACAUGCAGCCCAUCCUGAGACCCUCACCACACUCUGAGACCAAGGAGAUCCCUUUUGAGAAGAACUGCGGGGAGGACAAGAAAUGUGAAGCGAACCUGGUGCUGUCCUUCUCCCCAGCAAGAUCCAAAGUCCUGCGUCUGACUCCCUCUGCCAGCCUCUCCGUGGAGCUGAUGCUAAAGAAUGAGGAUGAAGAUGCUUACUGGGUUCGGCUGGGCCUGAGCUUCCCCCAGGGACUCUCCUUUCGCAAAGUGGAGAUGCUCAAGCCCAACAGCCAGAUUCCUGUGAACUGCGAGGAGCUUCCUGAGGAGUCUGGGCUCCUGACCAAGACCCUCGCUUGCAAUGUGAGCUCCCCCAUCUUUAAAGCAGGCAGCUUGGUGAGUGCCUCAGUCCUGAGGAACCAGACAGGCAAGGGGGACUUUGUCAAGCUGCACGCCAACGUGAGCUGUAACAAUGAGGAUUCAGACCUCUUGAAGGACAACUCGGCUGCCACCAGUAUCCCAGUUCUGUUCCCCAUCAACGUUCUCAUCGAGGACCAGGAAAACUCCACCCCCUACAUCCAGUUCACCCCCAAAGGUCCCAAGAUCCAAAGUGUCCAACACGUCUACCAGGUACGGAUUCAGCCUUCCAUCCACGACCACAGUGCGCCCGCCCUGGAAGCUGUGGUGGGGGUGCCGCCGCUUCCCACCCAGGGGCCCAUCAGGCACAUGUGGACCGUGAAGAUGGAGCCUCCUGUCCCCUGCCAUCAUGAGGAUCUGAAGAGGCCGCCUGGUGCAGCUGAGCCUUGUCUUCCCGGAGCUGAGUUCCGCUGCCCCGAUUGUCUUCAAAACAGGAGACCCCUCAUCCAAGUGAUGGGGACGGUGGAGCUGGUGGGAGAGAUCGAGGCCUCCUCCAUGUUCAGCCUCUGCAGCUCCCUCUCCGUCUCCUUCAACAGCAGCAAACACUUCCACCUCUAUGGCAGCAAUGCCUCCAUGGCUCAGGUCGUCAUGAAGGUUGACGUGGUGUAUGAGAAGGACAUGCUCUACCUCUACCUGCUGAGUAGCGCCGGGGGGCUGCUGCUGCUGCUGCUGAUUCUCCUGGUGCUGUACAAGAUUGGCUUCUUCAGACGCAACCUGAAGAAGAAGAUGGAGGCUGACAUAAGUGACCCAGAUGCGGAAGGCUCUGGGCAGCCGGCAUCUGGGGAAGAGGCUGUGGAUUCGGAGUGCCUGAAGCCCCUCCAUGGAAAGGAGGCCCAGGAUGAAGGUGGCAAGGACUGAGGCCCAGGGCUGGACUCGGGGCUGGACUCGGGAUGCCUGGGACUGAUCUGUCCCUCCCUAGACCUCAGUUUCCCUAUUUCAAACUCAGCGCUCAGCCCUGCCUGCCACCUGUGCAGGCAUAUGGUGAGGGUCUGCUGAGGGGCAGGCCAAGAAGACUUCCAAGAUGAGGCGUUGUCAUGACUGGAUGGUCCUGGCUUCCCCCAGCUCCUCUCGUUCCCUCCCCUGGAGGAGUGUCUGAUCUGAAUUCAGAGGCACUGUAGUCUCGGGACCCAGUGAUACUUCUGGCUCCACCUCUACCUGCCCUUGUCUGUUCACAGAUACUUCGGACUCAAAGACUGAAUUAUCCUGCAUCCCCUGUUCUCCCUCCUGCCUGGAGUCCAGUCAGCUUUCCUUUCUACUACCAGAGAGUAGAGCUGAGCUGUGUCACUGCCUUGCUGCUACAAACUCCUUGCUCCUUGGCUAAAGCCCAAAUUCCUUUCUUUGCUUUCCAGGCCCCACACAAUGAGGCCAGUUGCCCUUCUCAGCAUCAACUGCACCAGCCUUGCUCACAUGCCAGGCUCCUCCCAUCUCCCUAUCUUUGCCCAGACUGCUCCUGGAACGUUCUCCCCCCUCUCCCUUUCCUGGCUAACCCUCUUGAAGCCUUCAGAUCUCAGCUUACACAUCAGAUCCUCAGGGCAGCCUCUCCCCCAUCCCAACUCAGUUGGAGUCCCAUAUUACAUGCUCUUAUAACCCCUUGCACUUGUGCUUCAUAGCACAGGUGAUAUUUGAAUUAUUCAUCAAAUAACUUAAUAUCUGUCUCUUCAGCUAAAAAUGAACUCCAUGAGGUCAGGGUCCAGACCUGCCUUAUUCACCUGGGAUUCCUGGUGAUGACAGGGGUCAGGCACAGAGCAGGUACUUGGCACAAUUCGCCGGACAAUAGAGAAAAGGGUUUGGAUAGCCCCGGGGCACCUGCACCCUUCGAGGCUCAGCCUCCCACAGUCUCCUCUCCCCCUCGCUCCCAUCCUCUCAGGAGUCCAUCACAUUCCAGGCGUCCCCAGGAGACUAAGCUCAAAGGUGGGGACCACAUCUGUUCAUCUGGAUCCCCCAAACCAAGCACAAGUCCUGCAUAUAUUUAUCCAAUAAAUGUGAAAUUCUAUCCAAA